AUGCGCGAGAACUUUCGUAUCACCCCUGUCUUCACUAUACCACCAGCUCGUCGUGUGAUGGACCCGGCUGAUGUGACUAGUGACGGGGAAUGGUUUUCGAAGGGGACCUCACUGGCGGUGUGCAACCACGCCUUCCACCAGAACGCGGCCGUCUGGGGCGCUGAUCACAACACCUUCACCCAAUGCGUUGGGAGGAUCCAGCCGUUAAUGCACAGGCACGGCUACUGA